AUGCACGGCGGUCCCUCUGUUGCCCCAUCGGGCGAUUCCGCUGAGAACAUUUAUAAUCUUCUAUGUGCUGUUCAAACACAAGCGAACAAAGACGCGGAGGAAAUUAAAUCGUUGCGUCUUUGCAUUGCCAACUCUGAAAGUGAUGUUAUGAAAACACGCGAAGAAAUCUGCAGGUUAUCCCAACAGCAGGAAAAGGUGAAUGAAGAUAUAUCUGCAAAACGUCUCUCUCUUGAGGAACAGAAAAUACGUCACGCGGGAGUUAUGGAGAUCCUGCAAAAGACCAAGAAAGAACUCACAGAAGUUGCCGAUACCGUUAUGAAGUCUGAUCUGCCUAUUCACGCAGCAGCAGCAGUGCAGAGUGUGGCCCCGCAGGAAUCACAGGAGCCGUUGGCACCCGUGAAGCUUCGUGAUGCCGUACAAAGUUUGAGGAAAAAGAUUGAAAUGGCAACUCAACAACAACAACAACAACAACGAUAUAUGCAGAUGCGGCAGCGCUCUUCUAUAGUGGUUCAUGAGCAGAGUUCACCUAUUGAAUGCUGUGAUAAUAAUAAUAAUAAUAAUAAUAAUAAUAACAAUAAUGAUAAUAACGGUGCCGCCCGUUCCUUUACUGUUCGUUUCCGACGAGAAGAGACAUCUGCGGCAGGAUAUGAGACAGUGAGAUCAUCAAUGGAUAGCGCCAAUGAUAAUAAUCGGAUUUCUCUCCCUUCAAAGGAGCGAAGAAGAAAAACUAUCACUUUCAAUGAUAAUCAUUUAGAAGUACGAUCAGAUGUUUCUUGUGCAGCUGCUGUUAAUAACGUGACAACACCCGAAAAGGAGAAUAGUCCUGCUGCUGCUACUACUACUGCUGGUGGUGUUGUUGUUAUUCCAACUCCCAGUGUUACUUUUUCAAUACCAAAUUCCACUGGGCGCCACACUGUAUUCAACGGUAUGCGUGCACCUCGAAAGACGUUAUGGCGAAUAGAUUCUCUAUCAGAAAAAUAA